GGAAGAAAAGAGAGAGAGAGAGAGAAAGAGAGAGAGAGAGAGAAAGAAAACGCAAAGGGACUUUUGUACCGCUGCAUGGCCACACCAAAUAACAGCCACUGAGGGAGGUGGGGGGGUUGAAGAAAAUAAAAAGGGGGCCAUGCUUAAAAUUCCAGAGCAGUACGAAACAGCAGAACAGGAGAGCGUCCCCAGCCUAUGUAAGCUGUGUCCCCUGUCCCCUCCCCAGUAGACACAGGGCUUUUGGAUGGGCAUGGAGGUGAGUGCCCUCCAACCUCCUCAGGGCCCCUGCUCCCUGCCCCCACCCCUACUGCCCAAUGCAUGAAUGAAUGGGUUUUCUGCACUGCACUCUGCUGCGUUCCUAAUGGCUUCCAGGAGGGCGCAGGAUUUAAGAGCAACAUCCAGUUUCCUCACGGGGGAUUUGCAUUAUGGGCAAUUACAGGAACCCCUCUCCGUUUGUGAUGCCCUGUCCAGAUUUAUUCCUUUUAAGACUCCUUCAGACAAAAUGACAAGGCCAGCCAGGAGUUUGGAAGUGAUGUCAUAUUUCAGUUUUUUAUCGAUUAAGAAGUCAGAAUAAAGACUGAGCGCCGGAGUUAUAAAGAAGGCAGACUUGGCCAGCUUCACAAAGCACUGCCAGUAACUCCAACCGCAGCACGCCGGCCUGCUCCCCCAUCCUCCGGAAGCGGUCCCGCUCGCCAACGCCACAGAACCAAGACGGAGACACCAUGGUGGAGAAGGGCUCAGAUCACUCCUCGGACAAAUCCCCAUCCACCCCGGAGCAGGGUGUGCAACGCAGUUGCUCUUCACAAUCUGGUCGAAGUGGUGGCAAAAAUUCCAAGAAAAGCCAGAGUUGGUACAAUGUAUUAAGCCCCACUUACAAGCAGAGAAAUGAAGACUUCAGAAAGCUCUUUAAGCAACUUCCAGACACGGAGCGCCUCAUUGUUGAUUACUCUUGUGCACUCCAAAGAGACAUUCUUCUUCAGGGCCGACUCUACCUCUCAGAAAAUUGGAUCUGCUUCUACAGCAACAUCUUCCGAUGGGAAACUUUGCUAACAGUCCGUUUGAAAGAUAUCUGUUCCAUGACUAAAGAGAAAACAGCUCGCCUCAUUCCCAAUGCCAUCCAAGUCUGUACUGAUUCAGAAAAGCACUUUUUUACUUCAUUUGGGGCCCGGGAUAGGACAUACAUGAUGAUGUUCCGGCUCUGGCAGAAUGCUCUCCUUGAAAAGCCCCUAUGCCCCAAGGAGCUCUGGCACUUCGUCCACCAGUGCUACGGGAACGAGCUGGGUCUCACCAGUGAUGAUGAGGACUAUGUGCCUCCAGACGAUGACUUCAACACCAUGGGCUACUGUGAAGAGAUCCCUGUAGAAGAGAAUGAAGUGAAUGACAGCUCAUCCAAAAGCAGCAUAGAGACCAAGCCUGAUGCCAGCCCACAGCUGCCCAAGAAGUCCAUCACCAACAGCACGCUGACCUCUACGGGAAGCAGUGAAGCCCCUGUCUCGUUUGAUGGCUUGCCACUGGAGGAAGAGGUGAUGGAGGGUGAUGGGUCCCUGGAGAAGGAGCUUGCCAUUGACAACAUCAUAGGAGAGAAGAUUGAGAUCAUUGCACCUGUGACCUCCCCUUCGCUGGACUUCAACGACAAUGAGGAUAUCCCGACCGAGCUCAGUGAUUCUUCAGAUACCCAUGAUGAAGGAGAGGUGCAGGCCUUCUAUGAGGACCUGAGUGGAAGACAGUAUGUGAACGAGGUCUUCAACUUCAGUGUGGACAAACUCUACGACCUGCUCUUCACCACCUCACCCUUCCUCCGGGACUUCAUGGAGCAGCGGCGCUUCUCUGAUAUCAUCUUCCAUCCGUGGAAAAAGGAGGAGAAUGGAAACCAGAGCCGCGUGAUCCUCUACACGAUCACCCUCACUAACCCCCUGGCUCCCAAAACCGCCACUGUCAGGGAGACACAGACCAUGUACAAAGCGAGUCAGGAGAGUGAAUGUUACGUGAUAGAUGCUGAAGUCCUUACCCAUGACGUGCCAUACCACGAUUACUUCUACACCAUCAACCGCUACACCCUCACCCGCGUGGCCCGGAACAAGAGUCGACUCAGGGUUUCCACAGAGCUCCGCUAUCGAAAACAGCCCUGGGGCUUUGUCAAAACUUUCAUCGAGAAGAACUUCUGGAGCGGAUUGGAGGACUACUUCCGCCAUCUAGAGUCUGAGCUAACCAAAACAGAAAGCACCUACCUGGCUGAGAUGCACAGACAGUCACCCAAGGAGAAGGCCAAUAAGUCUUCAGCGGUACGGAGGAGGAAGCGCCCCCAUGCCCACCUGCGGGUACCUCACCUGGAAGAGGUGAUGAGCCCUGUCACCACACCCACUGAUGAAGAUGUGGGCCACAGGAUCAAGCACGUGGCAGGUUCCACGCAGACUCGGCAUAUCCCCGAGGACACUCCCAAUGGUUUUCACCUACAAAGUGUGUCCAAGCUGCUGCUGGUUAUCAGCUGUGUUCUGGUGCUGCUGGUUAUCCUUAACAUGAUGCUCUUUUACAAGCUGUGGAUGCUGGAAUACACCACACAGACCCUCACUGCCUGGCAGGGUCUCAGGCUCCAAGAAAGGUUACCCCAGUCACAGACAGAAUGGGCCCAGCUGUUGGAAUCCCAACAAAAGUACCAUGAUACAGAGCUCCAGAAGUGGAGGGAGAUCAUCAAAUCCUCAGUGAUGCUCCUGGACCAGAUGAAGGACUCACUCAUCAACCUUCAGAAUGGCAUCAGGUCCCGAGACUACACGUCUGAAAGCGAUGAGAAGAGGAACCGCUAUCAUUGACAAGGCAGGACCAGGGGUGGCUGCAAGAGGCCUGUGCAAUACAUGUACAUAGACCCUAUAAAUAUAUAUAUAAAUAUAUAUAUAUAUACAGAAUAUAAAUAUAUAUUAUAUACAGAUUUUAAAAAAUGAGAUAAUGCCUAUGUACCAGGGAGAAGGAGCGGGAACUCCCGCCCCCUGUGCCGGCCAGAGCAGCGUUUUCCCUCCACCGUGGAGGGACCGAGGAGGGCAGGGACCACCUCUCAGCACCAACCUCCCCUGACCCUCCUCUUCCCAUCUUCUGUUCCUCACCCCUUCCCUUGCUGGCCAUUCUUGGCCCUUAGAAGGGAAAUGUGGCUGAGCCAAAGUUAAUGCCUGUGAAGACCCUUGGGUCUUCAAAGACGUUCCAAGAGGGCAUUGCUUACGGUGCUUCAUUCCCUAACCCACUUUUGAUUUGUCUCUAGAGUAAAAGAGAACCUGUUCUUCCCCCCACCCAGUGCUUCCCAAGGCCUUCUCUUGGGAACAGGAAGAAUGGAGAGGGCAGGAGCCCCAUCCAAAGUCCCCCAGGAGACCAUUGGUUAGGACCACUCUGAAAGCCAGGUGGCGAGGACUGUGAAGAGGCUGCAUUCGUGGGCCUGGGCUGUGGGGCUGCAGGCUCCUCAGCUCUGGCGUCUGAAGGGAAUUCUCCUCAACCACCCCCACACCUUCUUCUGUCCUGAGUAGGUUGUGGUGUGGAACCCACAAGGGCUGGGACUUUCUAAUUCUCCCACUCCCUUUCUCUCUGCUCUUCUCCCAGGCUGGCUCUGGAGAAGUGUCACUUUUUAGUGCCUAAAGUCCUAUUGUUUCUCUGUGCCCUAAGAGCACAUUGUUUCUUAGCCAGGGUGGAGCCUUUUUGACCUUGUUUAAAAAAACAAAACAAAACAAAAAACAAAAACCUCUUUUAGUGGUUAUAAACCAGUCAGGUCUGUGGCUCUAAUUCUUUCCCUUUGAGCUGUGAGUUCGAUGUCCAGGGUAAGUCAGGGUGUCCUAGUCCCUCCAGGCUUUAGAAGACAGAGAACAUUCUAGAAACAUGGAUUACAGGGCUUGCCCAGAAUCUCAUAUGAGUAGUGAGCACAGUAGCCAAGCCACUCAGAGGGCUAACAGCAUCCUUAACUCUUGGUAAAGAAUCAGCGUUAGCAAUAGAGGCAGUUGCGCAGGGAAAAUGUGUGAGCCAACAGAGGGAGGAUUUGGCACAGAUGCGUAUGUUUGGUUAGGGAGAGGCCAGCUCAGUUCUGUUUCUCAGGCUUAGGAGUGGCGGCUCUGAUGGGUAUGUGUGUGCAAAUCUCUUUAUAAUCUCUGGCCCCAGUGAGCUAUAAAGUCACCAAGAAAUAAAAGGAAGAUGCUACGUUAGGAACUUGAGCCAGUCAGGGCCUGGCCUUCUUAAUGUUAGCCCAUCAGGACUCAGGCUUUCACAUGAUCUCAAGGGCCCUUCUGGGCAGAUUCAUCCUCCUCCCUUAGAGUGUCUCCUGCUCUUCCAUCAGAUGACUCAAGGACCCCUGCCAGCCCCAGGCACCGCUCAUGUUGGUCCAUAGUAGUAAAUAAAUACUUCCAGGUUGGCAUGGAAGCUUCUCCGAGCUGGCCACUUCUCAAGUCCAGAGCAAGACAGAACCACAGAUUUCCCAGAGCAUCGGUACAAAGGGAGCAAGAUGGUGCUGGUUAUCUACGCCAAAGAGAAAGUUACCUUCUCCUCUUAGCAUUGUCAGAACAUUCCAUCUGGGCAGUGAAAGAAAGAAAGGCUUUGAUAUUGCAGUGUCCUGGAAAAAUAGACCUUGGUGUUUCUUGAAGGGCAGAAUCACAAAAUAGGAUGUAACCCUGGAUCAACCUCUGAUGACGGGAGACGAAGGCUCAGUGCCUAGCUAGCAUCACUAGCGCUCUUCCGGGAAAGCAGGGGUGAAGAAAUGCAUUCAGUGUUCCUUUAAAGUAGGGUUUUGAGGGCUUUGCUGGUGAUGAUCUAGACCCACAAGCCCUGAGACAAAGAAGGGAGAAUGGUCCCAUUUGAAAUGGCUAGGCAGUUUCCUCUUGGAAUAGCCAGAAGCUAAAAGUAUUCCCAGAAACUUUUUGAAAACAAAAUUGGAAACUCCAAAUUUAUUGCAUUUGUAGUUAUUUACUUAUUCAGAUGAAUUCAAAGGUAUUCACUGGGGGUGGUGAGGGGCCAAGUAAAGUAACAGAAGAAGCCCUGACCACAGAGAGCUGCUUUUCUUUGGCCUGCAGGAUCAUUUAGAGGAGGAAAAUCCCUGAUUUGUCCUAGAGAGCCUUCUGUUUUCUGAUGGACCCAGAUGAUAUAUGUGUGUGAGGAAUAGCCCCCAGGAUACUAGCUUUCCUGUGAGUUGCUUUUGUCUUAGCUUGGACUUUUAAACCAGGAAGAAACCAACAACUUGGUUUGUUCCCAAACACAACUCCCUCCCCACCCUUAGUCAAUACUUUGUGAGAGAGAAGGGAACUCACCCUUUAGCAACCAAAGCAAGUGCCCUGGAUGAUAGCCCAGCAAUUAGCUAGCUGUUUGCAGGAGGUCAUGGAAGCUGGCAUGCCUCGGGUGCCUUCUUCCAGCUGGCAGGUUUUCUCUGUUUGUCCGUUGUAGAUAUGUAUUGAUCUUUCUGUAUGGAUUUGUAGGCAAGACAGUCAAGUGCUUUCGCUGGACCAAGAGUGGCGAGAUCUGGGCUUGAGUCUUGACUGUGCUGUUGGAAAGUUGUGCGGCCUUGGUUAAGUCCCCAUCACCAAGCUUCACGAUCCACUUGUCACAGAAGAGGGUCAGCAAAUGACCUCUAAUGUGAGUUCUAGGUUUGAUCUUGACUCCGAGAUUAGACCAGAGACUAGUGAGAUGUGGGGUUCCCAAUUCUGAUGGCUGUCCUGCCAGGGCAGGUGAGCGUUGCUCUUGACUAGGAGGUCUAGGGGGUCCCAGUGGCAGGGAUAGCCUUGCUGAGUGUUAGCCCAGGAGAACGUUUCUUCCUCCUUUGGCCUAGGUUUAGUUUGGAGUUGGUUUAUGCUUAGAGGAGGAUAACAGCAAGAAGUGUAUCAUUUUGGACCGAGUCCAUCUUCCAUCUCCAGGCACUGUGAAUCCUUUCUACUGUUCAUACUCCUUCCUCACUGACGGAAGACACAAUGGGAAGAAGCCAUUCCCAGUUCUAGAACUUGUGUUUUGCUCAGCCAAAACCCUGAUGUGGUUUGCAUAAAUUAGGAAACUUUUGCUGAAAUCCUUGGCUUGCCUUUGGGCACUGGCAUCAAGGAGUAGGGAGCACUGGGGAACCUCAAGAAGAAUUUGCCACAAGUGGAUUCCCUACUUGUCCAUAGCCUAUGCUGGGACUGGCCUACUGUCAUCAUAGGCGCUAUCUGUAAGAUGGGGUGUUGGGGACGUGACUGGCUAGGGGAAGACUCUUUCUGGACAGUUGUGCUCCUAGAAGGGUCCUUUCUGGGCCAUACCAUCCCACUUCCUUAGCUCUGCAGGGCAACCAAAGCCAGCCCUUCUCUCUAGGGCCUAGGAGAAAUAGCGCUCUUCUCUCUUCCCCCAGGUGGCAGGGCUGUGGUGGCCCUUCCUACACACCUGGACUCUGCCUGCCCUCUCCAGGACUCUCUCCCUCUCCCCAACCCCACCCCUGUCUCUAAGCUAUGGGGCAAUCAUUCCCAUUUUCCCUUUGCUGUUCUCUACUCCCAUCCCUCCGCCCUCGCCCCACUCCAGCAGGCUGGCCCUACUCCCUUCCAUCUCCGAGUCUUCUUCCAGAAGAUGCAUUUGGGUCUCAGAGGAGUGUUUUCUGGAAGGCCAUCUUUCCACAUCCCUGCAUUCCUGAUGUGAAUCAGGGAUUUGCACUGGGUGUAGAGAGCCUCCUCUCCCACCUCUCUGCCCCACCUCGUUACCUCACUCCUGCUCCAGCCAUUGUGAUGGGCUCAGCCAGCAACCUGUUCUGAUGUGCCGUGCAACAGCUCAGGGGUCUUGUGACUUGGAGGUCCUCAGCAGGCCUGGGAGCCCGGAUUGGAGCCUUGGCUGCCAGUGAGAUGCACUUACCUGCCAAGAUUUGCUGAUGCCAGACGAUCUCCCCAGCAUGUGAAUGCUAAAUGGACAUUGUCAUCUCUGCCCUUUGGUCCUCCUUGCUUCUCUCAAUACAAUAAGACACCUCAGAAGCAAAAUGGUGGCCCUUGCUCCAGGCAGGACAUCCGGCCGUCUGGGGAGUUGGCCCUGGGCUUCUGUAUUGUGUGCAAAGACUGCACAGUCACUUUUGCCAACAAGAAUGUAUGGCACCCCACAUUUCCUCACCUUGCACUCUAGGGCCAGACCACUCUCUGCAUGGACCAGACCCCCAAACCCAUGGUGCUUUUUUUCUCCCCUCACUCAACCUAGACCCUGAGGUGAGGAGGGAUGGAUUAGAGGCCAUAGUGGCCCCAUGGAUAUUCCCGACAUGGGGUGGAAUAGGGUGAGGUAGAGGGAGCAGCACCCAGCACCUGCACUGGACCACAAGUGGGAAAGAUCACGGGUUGCUUGCAGUUGAGUUGUCUGGCCGUCUGUAUUGGGAUCGAUAACUGUACUUUGCCUGGCGCUGUGCGCAAGGUCUGAAAACUUCCUGCUAGUCCCUAGAAACAUACAAGGCUACCCAGCCAAAUCUUAAUGUAAAGUAGCUAGAGCCAUGGAAGUCCAGUCUGAAUUAAAGGAAAAAAG